AGUAUUAUACUCAAGUUCACGUGACUGUUCCACAGAGUCACAUGGCUGUCCAAAAGUCUCAUUUGCUUGCAAAACACCAGUGACUGCUAUAACGGAAUGAACGCAGCUGAGGUGACAACAUGGAGUGAAUAUUUGGAUUAACCUGCAGGACAUGAUAGAGUUUGUGUCCGGAUCCUGCGAGGUGAGAUCAUCCCCUGAAUGUUUCUUUACUUUACACGACAUUAAAAUGCGUGUGAGGGGGGGCAGCCACAUGACAGAAGCUGCUCCAAGAGCUUCCUGAUACUGAAGUUGACCAGGUUUAUGGGUUUAAAACACCAGAUACUCUGUGUUUCUAGGUAAAAUGGCGCUGUCGGUGCCAUCGUUUGCACUCCUGGCCUUUGUUUUCCUCUCAGCUGAAGUGACCCUCUGUGCAGGUAACACAAUAAAACAGGAAGACUGGGUUACAUUCGUAGGGGAGAGUGGGGUAAGUUGAGCCAAAGGGUAAGUUGAUCCACCCCCUGUUGCUUGGUAAUGGUAAAAGAAAUUGAUCAUGUGACCAAAUAUUUAGGAGAUGGACAUCAAAUUAUGGAGUCUGUGAAGGUUAGAAGCACACGAGUGAAGGGGUUAGACGUUUAUUUCUAAAAAAAAAAAACAUUUUUUACUCUUGAAAGUGAAUUUAGUCUGUGAUAAGUUUUAUUAGAAUUGUGUUCAGACCAAAAAUGAUCAUUUUAAAUUUGUUUUAUACAUCAAUUGUGGUAUCUAUGAGCUACAACAUGAGGUCAAAACCCAAACAUAAAAGUCCACCAUUUUAGCUUAGAGGGCUAAUAAAGUCAUAAUAGUCGUUCUGUGACUCACCUGAGAAAGUAAAGGAGUCUGAGGAGAGGAUCAGAGUUUCAGUUCAGAUUGUUGAAAUGUGUUACUUUUUUCUUUUCAAAAAUACAGCUGUGAAUGUUCUGGAUCACUUAAAGACAUUCUCAUGUUAAAAUGGCUUUUUACAAAACAACUUUUUUAGCAGUUAUAUGCAAUAAUAAUAAAAAGAAUUAUUGUACCAGUUGAAUUGUGUAUAACAGAUAAAAAUACACAUGAAUGUGAAGAAGUGACUGUUAUUUAGGGAGAGAGAAGGUGAGGGUGGGCUGGGGUGGAGAGUGGGGGAGUAGUAGGGAUACGGCUCAACUUACCCAGCUCCUAUGGUCAACUUACCCCAUACACGGGGUAACCAUAGGAGACCACAUUUUUCAGCAUGCUAUAUUAUCAAGACAGUUAUGUUUACACUCAUUCUGUUAGUUUGCAACAAAAUAUAAAAAAUGCCUCAUCUUAGCCCACUCUCCUCCACAUACAUUACUUAACACAUGAAUGACAUCAUGUAUCUAAUCAUGUUUCUCGGCCCUUUCUCUCUCCAGGAAGUGAUAAAUGUAUCGCCAGACGCUUUGACCAUGAUUCUGUGGUGUGUGAGUGUAAUUCCACUUACUGUGACAGUGUUGGGUCGGUCACUUUGCCUCCUCUGGGUCAGUACUCCUCUUAUGUGAGCAGCAUGGCAGGCAGCAGACUGGAGGCAGCCAAGGGUCAGGUCCAGCUUAACAGUACAGGGGCAGGUGAGUGAUGAGUGAUACUCCACUGUCAUGUCUCUACUGCUGUAGCAGGUUUAGGGCAUCUCCAAUGUUUACUAUGUGUGUCUUUCAGCUCUCAGGUUGACUAUUGUUCCCUACCAGAAGUACCAGAGGAUCAGGGGAUUUGGAGGUGCUAUGACAGACGCAGCAGCCAUUAACAUUCUGUCACUGUCUGCGGGUGCACAGGACCAGCUGCUGAGACAGUACUUUUCACCAGAAGGUACCCUGAAGUGGGCAUCUGUUACCACUGUUAGCCAUGUUUGAGAGAAAAUAUACAUUUUGUGUGCAUUAUCAAGGUCAUACAUCAUCGUGUGAAACAUGACCGUUGAUUGCAGAAAAAUCAAGGAUUGAGAUACAUCCCUUAUUUCAAAAAAGCUGAGACAAAACAUAAAAUGUUGAUAAAAACAGAUUUAAAUAGAGGAUUACAGCAGCUCAACAAUUUCAUCUCAUCUUUGUCCUGUUCUGUAUUUGAUGUCUUUGAUGGAUGACAGAGCAGGACUGCAGGCAGGCCAGUUAAGCAUCUUAAACCAUCUAGUACUGAACCAUGCUGUCGUAAUUCAUACAUACAGAAUGGAUUUCUCUUGCUGAAAUGCACAAGGACAUUUUAAAAAGUUACUGUCUGAAUGGUAAAGUAGCAUCUGCUUUAUUCAACAAAAAGGCAGCUGGGGUUUAGGUGCGCUUGCAUCUGUGACUCAUUCAAUUAUCAGUCCAGUUUGAGUGUUAAAAGUGGUUUUAUUGUUCCAAAAAAGAAAAGAAAACACACUGAUGUGGGUCCAAAACUUACGCCUUCAAAUGAAAAAGUGAUAUGAUGAAAUGAGGUUAGAACAGGAUGAGUGAAACAGUUAACAGAAAAUUAUCAGAGCUUACCACAACCCAUUGUCUGACUACACCGGUGAGAUUUAAAUAACCCGCCAAGAAUCCCAAAACCACACCCUCAGUGACAGUCCUUGGAAGUGACGUACCUUGUAGAAAUCAUAUUUUCAACAAAUAUAUUUUGGCUCUUACAGGUAGCCUAUGUUACCCACCAUUACAGAUACUGGCCUUGAAUUGUGUGCUAAUAACAAGCUGAGUGCUCCCUUUCUUUCUGGUGUAGAAUAUGUGAGGCCCAAGAUGAGCAAAAAUAAUGUUAAUCUUGAUUUGUCAGCAUUUAGGAUGGUUUUCUACUUGCUUCAGUCCAGUAAGUGGGCUUAUUGAACUAAACCAGAUAUAUUUGGAUAAAGCAAAAAACUAUGACUGACACUGAAUUUCUAAAGUGAUUUUGAGCCCAUGCUGUGAUUUCUACUUUGACUAUAAAGAUCUAAGAUAUUUAGUAUUGGUUUUUGGCCUUGACUCUUUUGUACAGACAUUUUGCCAAGAUUCUCAGACUUUUAUACAGUAUUAUGUACUGAAGAUGUUUUUUUGCAGUUUCAGGCCCAGGAACAUUAUUCUGACAUUUGUGAACCAUUUGUGCACCCAGUCUCUCCCAGAGUGGUGAUCAUCUUACCAUCUCUACUUCUGAGAGACAGCCUCUUUAAAAUGCCCUUUUUUUACCGAGUCAUGUAACUAACCUGUUAUUACACCUGAAAAGGUUGAGGGAUGUCCUUCAGGAUCUUUUUUUCUAGCUUUGUGCGUCUUUUUCAGUGUUUCAUUGUCCAUAUCUGAACUUUUUUCUGUGUGCAUCAAAUUGAAAUAAGUAUAUAUUUUUCAUAAAACAAACUUUUUUUUCUGUUGAAAUAUUUGACAUGUGGUCCUUUCCCAAUUUCAAGUUAAUAAAGGUUUAUAAUGUUUUGCAUUCCUGCUCCAACAAGAUGAAUAAUACUUUUGACACACUACAUGAGGUGUCUAAAUGUACUGCUUAUUUGUUCUUGCAUCAUCAGCUCCCUUAACGUUGAUCAGCCUCUCUUGUACCAGUUAUAAUCGUCAAAGAGCAUUUUUCAAACACUAGCAUAUUAAAUAUAGAUUUACAUAUAAAUAUAAGUCUUUUCAGUUACAUCUGCUGUGUCCCUGCUGCAGGUAUCGGCUACAGUGUGGUCCGUGUCCCUAUGGCCAGCUGUGACUUCUCCACCCAUCUCUACACAUACGCCGACACACCUGGAGACUACAGCCUGGAUAAUUUUACUCUGGCUCCCGAGGACGUCAAUAUGAAAGUCUGUUAUUUCUACUGUUAUCACUCAUGCACAUCUUCAUCAUUUCCUCUCUCUGAUAUCUCUUCCUCAUUCUUGUCUUUCUCCUUUUUUUUUUUUUUCCAGAUCCCUCUUCUGCUGCGUGCUCAAGCCUUGUCACCUCGCCCCUUGUCUCUGCUUGGUAGCGCUUGGAGCGCCCCCGCCUGGAUGAAAACUAACGGUGCACUUAUAGGAAAGGGAUCCUUGAAAGGCCAGCCUGGGGGCAAGGAGUACAAAGCCUGGGCUCAUUACCAUGUUAGGUAACAUGUGAGGCCUCACCUGAAUGUAAUGUUACACAUUUGUGAUGCUCAUUAAAGAGAAAAGUCACUCUGCUGGUUGUUUUUCUUCUUUUCUCUCAGGUUCCUUGAGGAGUAUGCUAAAUAUAACCUGACCUUUUGGGCCCUGACAACAGGGAACGAGCCCACUGCUGGAGAGAUGACACACUACAGGUACGUUAUUUCACACAGGAUUAACCCUCAUCAUGGCUCUUAAAUUUCAGACUAGAGAAGUAUCUUUACUGCAGUUUCCAGGCUCUGGGCUUCACUCCUGAGCAGCAGAGGGACUGGGUGGCUCUGGACCUGGGUCCCGCUCUACACGCUUCAUCACACCCCCAAACACACAUCCUCAUACUAGAUGACAACCGCCUGCUGCUGCCGCACUGGGCGAAAGUGGUGAGUCCAAGGACAGAUAGAGGGAGAGAAAGUCAUGGUGAACUUUAAUGUACCUUAGGCUACACUGGUGUUAAGUUUUGAUUUGGGAAUUAAAGCAGUUAAAGACUGGAAAAAUAGAUAUAGUAGCAUUGGGAUAGAAAGUGUCCUCAACAGUUUAUGCUGGAAUAGAGAAGCUAAGAGGUAAGAAAAGGUGUUAAGAUGCAGGGGUGUCCACUCUUUGUCUCCAAAAUUUACAAUUCAUCAGACAGAAAUCAACCUUGAAAGAAUCAUUUGUUUGUGUUGUAUUUGCAGGAGAUUUCUAUUCACUUAUACAAUAUAAAGACAAUAUUAGCAAAAAAAGAGUUAAUCUGAAAUCAGCUUUUUCUUCAGGGUAAAAAAAAUGCUUUUUAGGUUUCUUUGAGUUUUUUCAGUACCACAGAAAACUAUUCUUUCAUCUAUUUCACAAUCAGAUUGCCUACAGUUUCAAAAUAUGACAGAGAUUUAGUAAACUAAGAUUAAUAUUGACAGUCACAGAAUUCAUCAGGACUUCCCUGUAGUAUACAUUAACAGUUAAAUUGCAUAACAAGUUGUAUGAAUGCAGCCACAUCCCAGAUGACCAACAUGAAAAUGGAUGAAUGAAUCUAUUUAUCUCAAUCACAUAUUUGCUUGAGACAACACCAAAAAACGAUGACACAAUAAGCUUCCUGGCUCUGCCCACUAUUGUCUUGUGGCUGACGGCGGUGAGAGGAGUGAUGUUGCUGACUAAGUUCUUUUUGAAGGAUUCAUCAUCCUCCUGCAUGACGAUCAACUGUCCUGUAAAACCUACUCAGAGUGGUCUGUUGUAUAUCGUCUCCUAACAGCUUUAAAUAAGAUACAAAAUAUUUUAAAUCAACAUUUCUGCACAAUGAAAGCAAGAGAAAGAUAUUCCUUACUGUGUAUAAUUUUUGUUUUGUUUUGUUUUUCUUCUUUGAAGAAGCCAUAGUAAAUGAUUUUAGACUUAAAGGGAUAUUCCGGCGUAAAAUUAAUUUGGGGUCAAACACACCGUAACACCGAGUUAGACACCCCCUCGAGAGAUAAAUGUUGCCGACCGCUUGCUUCUCUAGUUAUACCAACUUCAAUAACGACCGCACGCUAGCAAUACACAGCAGUCUGAGGAGCCAUAAACAAACCUCAACCAAAACGCCACUCUAUAGCCACAAAUAAUGUUCAGAACAGCACCUAACUUCAUCAACAGUACAUAUAGGGUCCUAGCCAUAGUACUAGCCAGCUUUGCCUAAUUUCUUGUCUAAUGUUCUUCCUUGAGCUGCAUCACCCUGCAGCAGUCUGUAAUGGAUUUGCCCGAGGUGUCGCUACAAACAAGCAGCUGCGGGAAGAGAGUUGGUGAGUUGGGUUAAGUCUCUUUGCUAAAGAAAUGAGGCAAAGUUAAAAAGAUGUUUGGUGGCCAGUGCUAUGGCUGGGACCCAGUAUGUACUGUGUGGCUCCUCAGACCACUGUGUAUUGCUAUCGUGCGGUCGUUACUAAAGUUGGUAUAACUAGAGAAGUAAGUGAUCAGCAAAAUUCAUCUCUCAAGGGGGUGUCUAACUCGGUGUUACGGUGUGUUUGACCCUAAAUUAAUUUUACACUGGAUUAAGACCCUCUCAGAAGGUGAUCCUGCAGCCUAUCUUUUAUACACUUUACAUGGGCACUCAGUUUGACUCAGUACUUUCCUCUUGUCCUUCAGGUAUUAAGUGAUAUUCAUGCAGGAAGGUACAUUCACGGUGUUGCAGUACACUGGUACAUGGAUGGCUUUGUUCCUCCUGAGAUAAGCCUGGGUGUCACCCAUCACCUGUACCCGGAGUAUUACCUGUUCGGCACAGAGGCGUGUUCAGGCUGGAGCCCUCUGGACAGAGGGGUGAAGCUGGGUAGCUGGGACAGAGCUGAACAGUACGCACACGACAUUUUAGAGGUGAGAUAAUCUCUGUUUAUGCAUGAAGGUUCAGCCUGUUCAGUCACAUCCAUUGUAACAGAUGUGAGUUUGACAGGCUGGGAGCUGUAAGGUGAAUCACCUCCCUCCAUGCUGCAGUGCAGGUUUUCAAAGUCGCUCUCUGCUGCACAAAGUGCCUGAAGGCCAGCAAAGCAUGCUGGAACUGGUGCCCGGUUUCUCCUGUCUUUGCUCUUAGGAAAGACUGUCUUAUCCAUUUUGAACGGGUGCAUUCAGGUGCUUGAGAAUCAGAGUGGAUUUGUUUAUGUAGAUGUGUUGUCCUCCUGACAUUUAAAUGAAACAGCAGGCAGCAGUCCAGAGGAUUCAUUUAGAGAAAACAAAACCGCUUACAAUAAAAGCUACAGACUAGACGCUAACCUGUGGGUGUCUCUUUCUCUAUAUGGCAGGACUUAAAUCAUUAUGUGGUGGGUUGGACUGACUGGAAUCUGGCAUUGGACCAGACUGGUGGGCCAAACUGGGUGAAAAAUUUCGUAGACAGCCCUGUAAUAGUAGAUGCAAAGCGAGACGUCUUCUAUAAGCAGCCCAGCUUCUACAGCAUGGCCCACUUCAGGUACAGACACUGGACCACAGACAAACUUUUCACAGCCAUUAACUUUUUCCAAGCCUUCUUUGACCAAACAACUAUUUUCACACACAGCAAGUUCCUGUCAGAGGGGUCUCAGAGAGUGGGUGUGUCCAUCAGCGAGGGAACAAAACUUGAGUAUUCAGCCUUCAUCAGACCAGAUGGCUCAGUGGUGCUCAUUGUACUCAACAGGUAAGAAAUGUAAGAUGAGUAAUCAUGAGCGAAUGAAAGAGAGAUUUUUGAUCGGAUUGUUUUUUUGGGGUCUUUCUAGGUCAUCAACAGUGAUCCAGUUUGAAGUCUGGGACCCGACUGUGGGCUACAUCCCGUCUGUUGCUCCUGCUCAUUCAGUGCUUACACUUGCGUGGAAUACACACUGAUCAGUGCUCUGAGUCAGAAGCUUCUAACACUGAAGUGAUUUUUUUUUUUUCUUUACAGCACUUGUUUGAUAUCAAACCAAUCGGCUCCACAUUUCCAAUCUAAUGCUGUGUUCAAGUUACCUCGGAAGUCAGAUGUCGGAGCUGAAAAUGACGUCACACCCGAGUUCCCAACAUUUCAGUUACCAAGUCUGAAAAGAGCAGAAUCGGAGGCCUGGAA